AUUUAAAACCCUAACAAAAACCCCUGCUUUAUAAACCCACACAUAGCCCCUUUUCAACCUUUCAUACUCCAAACCCCAUUUUCACUCGCCGUUGAGAAAAGAUUUACAAAAAAAAAUGUCGAAUCCAAAGGUUUUCUUUGACAUACUGAUUGGCAAGAUGAAAGCUGGCCGGAUUGUCAUGGAACUGUUUGCUGAUGUCACCCCUAAAACGGCAGAAAAUUUCCGCGCCCUUUGCACUGGUGAGAAAGGUCUUGGAACUUGUGGAAAGCCAUUACACUACAAAGGGUCUGCAUUCCACCGAAUCAUCCCAAAUUUCAUGUGUCAAGGGGGAGAUUUCACUAGGGGUAAUGGAACAGGAGGGGAAUCUAUCUACGGGGCAAAAUUUGCAGAUGAGAACUUCAUCAAAAAGCAUACAGGUCCAGGAGUUCUUUCCAUGGCCAAUGCCGGCCCAAAUACUAACGGGUCCCAGUUUUUUAUAUGUACAGAUAAGACGUCAUGGCUUGAUGGAAAGCAUGUGGUGUUUGGGAAGGUCGUCGAUGGGUAUGGCGUUGUGAAAGAGAUGGAGAAAGUCGGGUCUGAUGGUGGGGCCACUUCAUCCAAUGUCGUUAUUGAAGAUUGUGGCGAAGUUAAAGAGAAUUAGAGGGAGGUUAAAGAGUUAAUCAUCUCUUUUUUAUAUGAACCUUGAGUAUCUCUCUAUUUUAUAUGAACCUUGAGUAGAUGCUAUCAGUUUAUAAUUGUGGAACUUUUAUAGCUUUGGAUAACUUUCUUGUUUAUCAAUACUAAAGACCCGCAGCUAAUUUUUUUUUUUCUUAA